ACCCAGCUGGGACAAGGCCAGGGCGCCCAGCACCUGAGCCUGGCAGGGACUCCUGCCAGAGAGGAGGCCAGCAGUCCAGUAUCCCAGCAUCCCAGUCUUCCACCCAGACAUGGAUCUCAGCAUUCCCGUAGCAGCUCAGGGCUGUUUCACAGGCUCCCUCAGUUCCUGCAUCCACAGGAUCCGUACCCACCAGUGCAUCCACAUGGGUGAGCGCCUCUUUGCCUGUUCCAACUGUGGCAAGAGCUUCAGCCAGAAGGAACACCUGAUCCAGCACCAGCACAGCCACACCGGCGAGAAACCCUACAAGUGUGACGAGUGUGACAAGACCUACAGCCAGAAGUGUGACCUAAAGAGACACCAGCGGGUGCAUGAGGGCCCCAAGAGAGUGCCAGAGGGUGGCCAGCAGGAGGAGGGGUGUCUGUCCCUCUUGGGGGGGAGGACAGAGGCCUUCCAGUGAGGCAGCUGCAAGAAAUGAUUUUGGGAUGAGGAGACCAUGCUGGCCCACCAGUGAACCCCCAGCACCCCUAGCCUGCAGCCGCCUCCACAACCUGUCACCCCCAAACCUGCCACUGAGGGUCCUGCAGGGCACCGGGGACUCUGCUGCAGGGGUGGCUGCAGGGGGACACUCGGAGCCCCGACCUCUGGCUCCUCCAGAGCAGCUGCACAUGAGCUGGGAGCGAGUGGCGACCAUGGCUCCGUCCAACACUGCCUACGGCUCGGGCUGCUGCCAGAGAAGCAUCGUCACCGGCACGGUGUGGAUCCUCCUGAGAUGGGGACCCUAUUGCCUAAAGAGAUAAAGCUGUGACAGCAGCCGAGGGAUGCCCUGCCUUUGAGUGACGAGGAUCAGCACGGACCCCCCUGGCUUUCUGAGCUUCUCCAGGGGAGCCUGAGAGCCGCUGGAUCCGUCCCGCGUCCCGGACUUGGUCACCGGUUCAUGCCUUGGGGAUUCUGCGGCUGAGUUGGCAACCAGUCCGAGUUGGUUUGACCCGGGAGAGUCCCCUCAGAGCGACCAAGGCUGGGAUCGCUGUUGAUAAAUUCACAGGGGAAGGGCUGAGAGAGGUUUAACAAAGAUGGAACAAACUUGUAACAAAAUAGUAACCAAUUGUAAUAAAGACUUGUAACAAAGUUGUAACACAAAUGUAUCAAAGCUGUAGCAAAAAUGUAUCAAAGCUGCAGCAGCUGAAGCUGCAGUUGGGGUUAUUUUUCCCCCAGAAGGUCCAACAAAGGCAGAGGCGACUGAGCAAAAAGGCCUCCCUUCCUCCGGGGGAAGAGAAGCGCAGCCCAUCGCCCCGUCCGUCGGGUCAGGGGGUUCUUUAAUUCCUCCUCCCCAACAAAAGGGGGUCCGGGGGCCAAUUUCGCCUCUUGCAAACUCCUGGGUGCUUCUUGGCGAGGUGGGACUGAGUCCCUCAGUGAGUGUUGAGUGGCCCUUGGCACGGCCGCUCGUGUCCUCCGAAGCGGGGACUCGGGGUUCAUCACACCCUGAGCUUGGGGAGCUCAGCCCGGGCUUUCAGGGCUGUUUCUGCUCUGAACUCAAACAAGCCCAGGCUGUGAGGCCUCCGUCCCACCCCAGGGGUCCCUCAGCUCAUUUGAGCCUUAGACCCCCACCAAACCCUCUGUCCCACAAGAUGAAGCUGUUCAAGUCAAACCCGUCCCUUUUGCAGUCCCAGGGACUUUGGGGUUUGCCCCAAGACUUGG